CCACCUUUGCGUAAUCCUCGCGGCCUCGUGUCACUAUCAAAUAUUACCACAUACAUACGUACACUUGUUCUUGCGUCAAAACGGAGUCGUGCAAAUUAACGAUGAGUUGAUGUUCUUUUACUUACAGUGAGUUGUAGCAUGUAAAGGUACGUAACGUACCUUCAAUACAACAAAUCUGACAGAGGCACGUCAUGUAAUUACGAAGUGCACAACAAAAUUAGCUGUGAGUCAGUCAGUAAGUCUAAUAUCGAUUUAGCACUGCACAAGUUUCCGCGUUGUUAUUCCGCGUUGGUAGGUACGGUGUGUUUAACAUUAAAUUUGCCCAACGUUUUAUUAUAUGAACACGUGUAAUCGGUUAUUAUGGAAAAAUCCACGAAUUAAAUUGUUAUCAGUUAACUAUAAUGACAAAAAGUAGUGUUAAAAAAAAUGAAAAGGAUUCUGUACGUCGUGCUAUUACUACUAACUUUAUAUACCGUUAAGAAUGUUACGAGCACAUCAAAAAGAUCGGCUGGUUUUUACUGCAAAGAUCCCAAAAUAUCCCAUGCAUUUAAUGGAGAUACAAUACCAUGGAAUAUGGUCUUCAUUAUAAGUCUAAUUUAUACAUUUGUUAUUUUGUCUAUCGUCGAAUUGCGCUUGAGCUUAAGUUUUAAAUCAUGCAGAUAUGUAUUCCACUGGUACGUUAACUUUCUUGUUGGGGCUUUAUUGAAUUUAGUUGUUGUUGAAGUUCUGAAAACGUUAAUAGCUGAGCACAGACCUCACUUUUUGCACACUUGUAUUCCUGAUCAACACGAAAUUUGUGAAGAUGGAGACUACAUAAAGGACUACAGUUGUAAAAACAAAAAUUAUGAUGAUCAUUUUCACAAUGAUUCAAUAAAAUCAUUUCCUUCUGGACACACUUCAUUUUCAGUAUACGUAGGAAUAUUUUGCCUGAUCUACCUUAGACGUCGUCUUGCAAUAAAGCCUUUAAAUGGCGUCAUCGAAUUAUUUUUAAAACUACUGUGCAUUACCUGGGCGUUAUUUUGCUCCUUAUCGAGGAUUACAGAUCGCCGCCACCACUGGUGGGAUGUCUUGACCGGUUGUAUGAUCGGAAUUUUCACCGUACUGUACAUAACAAAAUCGCUUUGUAAGGAUUUUAAUUCCUUUGCACAGCAAGAUGGUACAGCGUCAUCAACACAGAAAGUGUCAUGAUUACAGUAAAUUUUAGCACAAUUUAAAAAUGUACGAUAUUAAAGAAAGGGUUUAUUGUUGUAAUUUAUAUUUAUACUUAAAUUAAUAUAUAAUA